AGGACACAUAGCCGCAUAGUCGAAAACUGUCGACUAAAAAAUAGAGUAUAAAAUAGUACUGAAUAGUCGCAUCCACAUUAUUAUAUCCAUCUCCCCUAAAUUGCGAAUCCACACACAGUGACACUGUGAGAAAGAGAGGGACGGACACAGUGAGGUGACGGACAGAGAGGACUCAAAUACGAAAAUCUUCAAAUCAUGGCGCCACUUUUCAAAUCCCACUAUUUUCGAAACCCUAAAAUUUCUCGAUAUGAAAACCCUCUCUGUUCUCUAUUUAUUCUACUAAAUAGUUUCUAAAUAGGAUUAAAAUUUUCUAAUCCUGUGUAUAGAUGGCUAUGCCAAUGAAGCAAGAGGUGGUGAUCAAGAGCGAGUCGGAGGAACAAACUAUGGUUGCUGCUGAUAUAGAAGGAUCUCUUCCUGCGAAGAGACCUAGAAGGAAUGUUGUAAGACCAAGCUUUGUCGAGACUGAAGAAGAUGAAGAUUGGGAUCAAGUGAAGAGAGGAAGACGAAAGGGUCGAAAGAGAGGGAAGGUCCCCAAAACUCAGAAGAAACCCACAGAUGUUGAAGGUGAUGAAGGGGGAGAUCAAGCGGUGUUGGAGAAAAAGGAAGAUGUUUUGGAGGAUGGUGUAUCAAAAAAUGAAGAGAUUUCGGGGGCGAAAGCAAGUCGACGCGGUCGAAAGAAGAAAACUGGAAAUCCUACUGGUGUUGGAGGUGAUGGAGGAGAUCUAACUGCGUCAAAUGAGAAAGGCAAGAUUUUGGAGGAUGAUGUUCAGAAGAGAAGGAAAUCUUCACGUUACAAAGUUUCUGAGGAAGUUAAAAUCAACAAGAGGGAUCCCAAAUGGGUAGCCGAGGAAUCUUUAAUGUGCCACCAGUGCCAGAGAAAUGACAAAGGCCGGGUUGUUCGAUGUGGGAAAUGCACCACCAAACGAUACUGUAUCCCUUGCUUGACCAAUUGGUAUCCUCAUAUGAUAGAGGACGAAGUUUCUGAAGCUUGCCCAUUUUGUCGUGGAAUUUGCAACUGUAAAGCAUGCUUACGUCUGGAAUAUGUCCCAGUAGAAAAUCUAAAGAAUUCAAAUUGGAAAACCAGUAAAGAUGAAGAAGUUCAGCACUGCAAGUAUAUAGUACAAUCGCUUCUUCCACAUUUGAAGCAGUUAAAUGAAGAACAGUUGAUGGAGACACAUAUGGAGGCUAAAAGACAAGGGGUAUCAAUGUCGGAGUUAAAGAUAACAACAGCUAAUUUUGGAAUGGAUGAGCGUGUGUACUGUGAUAUAUGCAGAACUUCGAUAUUUGAUUUCCAUAGAAGCUGCUCAAACUGCUCUUGUGACAUCUGUUAUAUUUGUUGUCGGGAAAUCCGUGAUGGAAACCUGUGCUGUGGUAAUCAGGAAAAAGUGAUAUUGAAUUAUGCUCAGAUGAACAUUGAUUAUUAUCAUGGGUCGAAUAAAAAUGAUGUUAAAAAUGAGGCUGAGGUUGCAUUGGCUGAUGAGGGAAAAGCUCAAUUGGCUGCCGAAACCUGCUCUAGGGAUGAUGUAAGGUCAGCUUCUAAUUGGAAAGCCAAUGAAGAUGGAAGCAUACUCUGUCAUUGUGGUCAUGGGAUUCUAGAAUUGAAGAGUAUGUUCCCUGAAAAAAAUUGGGUUUCAGAGUUGGUAAGGAAAGCAGAAUAUGUUGCAAAAGCUUAUGAACUUGUGGACACAGUUAUAACUCCUGGGCCGCUAUGUUCGUGCUUUAAAGCAAAUGGUGAUGUUGACUUGAGCAAUAAUAAGUUACUAAAAGCUGCCACUCGAGAAGAUUCUGAUGACAACAAUUUGUAUUGCCCAGCAUCCAAAGAUAUCCAACAUGAAGAUUUGAAGCAUUUUCAGUACCACUGGAUGAGAGCUGAGCCUGUAAUUGUCAGAAAUGUGCUAGAAACUGCAUCUGGCUUGAGUUGGGAGCCAAUGGUCAUGUGGCGUGCCUUUCGCCAAAUGAAACAUGUCAAAUAUGACCGGCUUUUGAAUGUGAAGGCCAUUGAUUGUCUAGAUUGGUGUGAGGAUGAGAUUAAUGUCCACCAAUUCUUCACUGGAUAUUCAGAAGGUCGAUUUGACUCUAAAGGUUGGCCUCAAAUACUGAAAUUGAAAGAUUGGCCUCCUUCAAACCUAUUUGAGGAAGUCUUGCCUCGUCAUGAUGCUGAGUUUAAAUGCUGCAUUCCUUUCAAGGAGUAUACACAUCCUAAAAAAGGUGUUUUAAACCUUGCUAUUACAUUGCCUAAAAAAAGUUUGAAGCCUGACAUGGGGCCAAAGACAUAUAUUGCUUAUGGAGUUGCUCAAGAGCUUGGGCGUGGAGAUUCUGUAACCAAGCUUCAUUGCGAUAUGUCUGAUGCGGUAAAUGUUUUGACACAUACUGCUGAAGUGACCUUUUCUCCCAAAGAACUUGCUAAAAUAAAGCAAUUGAAAAACCAGCACUUUGGGCAUGACCAAAGAGAAAUUUUCGGAAAGACAGGGGCUUUGGACGACAAAGGUGGCGGCUGUGGCCAUUCUUCUGAAAAUGAUAUGGAUAGCAGUAAUGACGGUGGAAAGUUGGUCGGGGAUGAAUCCAACGAAGGAGGUGCUCUCUGGGAUAUUUUCCGGAGACAGGAUGUUCCUAAACUGCUGGACUAUCUUAACAAUCACUUCAGAGAAUUUCGGCAUACUUAUUGUCUUCCGGUGCAGAAGGUUUAUCACCCCAUACAUGACCAGACCUUUUAUUUGACUCUAGAGCAUAAGAGAAAGCUGAAGGAGGAAUAUGGCAUUGAACCAUGGUCAUUUGUUCAGAAACUUGGGGAUGCUGUCUUUAUUCCUGCUGGCUGUCCUCAUCAAGUCCGAAAUUUGAAGUCAUGCAUAAAGGUUGCAAUGGACUAUGUCUCACCUGAAAAUGUCAGUGAGUGCAUCCGUCUGACAGAAGAAUUCCGUUUACUUCCCGAGGGCCAUCGAGCUAACGAGGACAAGUUGGAGAUAAAGAAAAUGACUCUUUAUGCAAUGAAGUGGGCAUUGAAGAGGCUGGAGCCAAAUGAAGGGUCAUUGACAUCUGAUGAGGAAGAAGUACUGAAGAAGAAAGCUCGAAAAGGCAAAGGUAAGAAGAAAGGUGGAAGAAGUAAAGCUAAAAAGGCAUAGACUGGUUUCAAUAUAUGAUUGUCCUAGUCAUUUUUGGUUGGACUGCUCAUGAGGCAUUUCUGUAUUUUGGCAUCUACUAAUUUUACCAGUCAAGGUUCUUUUUCUCAGCAGCAGCUGAUAUUAAUUUGUAUUUUGUUCAAGUUUUGUUAUUUUGAACGAACUGACUAUUAGAACAGGGAGAUUUGUUAGCAGCUGUGGUCUGGAUGCUCUUGGAAGUAGAUUUGUAUUGUAUCCGAAUUCAUAUUUAUUCACAAAUCUCUUUGCACA